GUCCAAAGGAGAGGGAGUCCAGUCGUGCUAACGUCCAGGAAGGAGUUGAACUCCAGCUAUGCUGAAUCUUUCUCUUUAAUGCAUGUGUACACACGACCGGCUUUUUCAGUGACCAGAGAUUUCUAACAAUACAGCACAAAUCAGAAAACUUGGAGACAUGGUUGGAAAAUGAAACAAUCCAGAAGUGUUACUACAUCAGUAUAUUGUUGCCGUGUUGUUGCAGCGGGCAGCCAGUGAACACUGCAAUGGUGUGAAUGGUUAGUUAUUGGGAUUUUUUCCCCCAUAAAGAUAAAUCAGCUUUUAUAUUUUAUCUUUUUCCCGUAAUCGCAAUUGACUUUUUUGCAGUAGGUGUCCCCCCCCUCCAAAAUGUAACCCAAUAUUAAUUAUAAACUAUUUUCAGAUGAGCCACUACCCCUAGUUAGCUGUGGUACCUACUCCAGCUUGCUGCCUGUGUGAAUCUCAAGAGGCUAAUACUAGACCAUGGAAAGGACGAUGAACUCUGCACGCCGCGGUUAGAUUCAGAGAGGAUAUAGGAGGAAAUCUGCUGCUCCCGCUACCGCAGCUUGCAAAGGCUGCAGUUCCUUUUAAUCCGAAAAGCCUGGAGUGUGUUUUAUUUAUUUUAUUUUUUUAGAAAAGAAGAAGAAGCCAUGGAAGACGGCCCACUGCCAGACCUGAGAGACAUAGAACUGAAGCUGGGGCGCAAAGUGCCGGAGAGCCUCGUACGGUCGCUCCGUGGGGAGGAGCCGGGUAGGGACAGAGACAAGGACAAGGACCAAGGCAGGGGGUGCAGCAGCGGUAGCAGCUGCAGCUUGUCCCCCUCUUCUUUCUCCUCUUCCUCCUCUUCCCCGGCCUCUGGCUCUCCUAGACGUAGCAACUCCAGUGCCCUGGAGAGACUGGAAACCAAGCUACAUCUUCUCAAGCAGGAGAUGGUUAACCUCCGAGCCACUGAUGUCCGGCUCAUGCGGCAACUGCUUAUCAUCAAUGACAGCAUUGAGUCCAUCAAAUGGAUGAUGGAGGAGAAGGGUACAAUCACCAGCCGAGGCAGCAGUCUCAGUGGGAGCCUUUGCAGUUUACUGGAAAGCCAAAACACCUCCUUACAAGGAAGCUAUAAUAGCUUACAGGACGGCAGUGAUGGGUUGGAUGGAAUAUCAGUGGGCAGUUAUCUGGACACUUUGGCAGAUGAUGUCCCAGGUCACCAGACUCCCUCCGAUUUGGACCAGUUCAGUGACACCUCCCUAAUAGAAGACUCACAGUCUUUCUACAAGCGUCCCAAACUUGAUUCUGAGUAUUACCGUUUUGGCUAAUAGCAAGGGCUUUUUCAUGGGACUGGUGUGCAAUUAACUUAUAUUUAUCUUCUUUCUCUGCUGCUAUUUUAUUUUUGUGGUAAAAUUGCAAACUUUUUCAAGGAAAGCUUAUUUUGAAGCCGCUUUAUAAACUCUUUACUUGCUUCUAACAUUUCUUGUAGGGAUUGAUUUCUCCUCCUGCCAUUCUUAAUCUCCAUUCUUAAUUUAUUGCAGAGACUUUUCCCCUCAUAGUACAAUGCCACAAUUAAAGUGGGAAAAAAGAACAAGCAAUAAACUUUUUUUUUCUGUUUUUAAAACACGUGUUCAGGGAUUACCAGUAAAACAUUUUGCUAAAUUUAAAAAUAAACUAUGUUCUGAUACCAGCAA